UGGAUAUUUGGUCCUUGAAUGGUCUCUGUGCUUUAGCGUAUCGAUUUCAUUGGAAAUGGCCGGCAAGAUUGAACUUCAAGCACCGAGUUUUUGUCUUUUAUUGAGUAUCCUCUGCAACUCCASCCUGGCUGCCGGAUCCAACAGACAUGGCGGCCGGAGACUUGCUACAGACAGCCCCUCCGAUUUCAUUAGCAUCGACUGUGGUGCAGUUGAAGACUCGGUAGACGGGGAAAGUGGGUUACAAUACAAAUCAGACAAAGAUCUGAUAAACACAGGAGUCACCGCUCAGAUUUCUCCGGCAAUUGCCGACGAUUAUAGACUGCCAUACAGAAACCUAAGAAGCUUUCCGGAGGGAGUAAAGAACUGCUACACACUCAAGCCGGAGGCCGGAAGGAACAACAAUUACUUGAUCAGAGUCCGCCUCGUGUACGGCAAUUACGACGGCAAAAACUCCACCCCACAAUUUGACAUCUAUCUCGGCGUUAAUCUGUGGGCGACGGUGACGUCCGGCGAUAGCAGGGAAGAAGCCAUUUACAUGGCUACCACGGAUUCCUUUGACGUAUGCUUGGUGAAUAUUGGAAGUGGAGUCCCUUACAUUUCUGCCUUGGAAUUACGGCGCUUCGAUAACUCCGUUUAUCGCACCGACGAGCAGCUGUUCAUGGCCUUGGCGAGACGCUACGACGUCGGCAGCGACACUAUAGUCAGAUAUCCGUUUGAUGUUGAUGAUCGAGUCUGGGUACACUAUGAAGUCGGAUCGUUGAAUAAGUUGCAGACGAACGCGAGCAUCACACGGAGCAGUAACGAUUCUUAUGAAUUACCGGAAUUAAUGUUGAAAACCGCCUACGGGACCCGGAAUUCCAGCACUCCUUUCGUCUAUGGAUGGACGCCUUACGCCACCACCUCUACAUUCUAUUUCUGCUUCCAUUUCGCUGAGAUUGAGAAGUUGGAUUCUGGAACGCUCCGAGAAAUGAGUAUUGUCUUGAAUGGCGUCCACACCAUUUCGCAAUCUGUAAAGCUCGAGUAUCUCAAACCACAAACCAUAUGCUCAACUUCAGCUGGCCUCCCUGUUAAUCUCAAUCAAGAAAAUUAUUUACGGAUUUCCGCAGCCUCCGGUUCGGAUCUUCCUCCCAUUAUCAAUGGGUUUGAGGUUUUUUACUUCAGGAACCUCUCUGAUUCACCUACAUUGUUACAGGACGUUAAUGCCGUAAUGGAUAUCAAGAAGACGUUUAAACUAUUGAACAGUGACUGGCAAGGCGAUCCAUGUUUGCCCGCAAUUUCUGUAUGGAAUGGUUUAAAAUGCAGCCGUAGUAAUCCCCCAAGAAUAAUUUCGCUGAACUUGAGCAGCAGCGAGUUAACAGGAGAGAUCCCAUUUUCCCUUUCCAAUCUCACUCAACUGGAGRCUCUGGAUUUAUCCUACAAUGACUUGAGUGGAUCACUUCCAGAAUUUUUAGCGCAACUACCUCAUUUGAAAAUCCUCCAUUUAGCUGGGAAUAAUCUUGGUGGCUCAGUUCCUGCGGGGCUUCUUGUGAAAUCUAGAGAUGGAGUGUUGGAUUUGAGUGUGACUGGUAAUCCAGAACUCUGUUUGUCACCUCCUUGCAAGCAUAAGAAGAAUUCUGUUGUUCCUGUUAUCGUUGCUGUCGUAGCAGCCGUCGUCCUUGUAAUCAGCUUGGUCUUACUUACAAUCCACAUAAGAAAAAAGAGAAAGAAUGCGAUGAAGUCAAAUGAGAAAAUUUCGUUGAAGCAGAAAAACCGAGAGUACAGUUACUCUGAAGUUGUGAGUAUUACUGAUAAUUUUAGACACGCCAUUGGAGAAGGAGGAUUUGGGAAAGUAUAUCUAGGUGCACUGGAAGAUAAAACUCUAGUUGCUGUGAAGCUGCUCUCAUCAACAUCAAAGCAGGGCUACAAGGAAUUUCAAGCUGAGGCACAACUCCUAAUGAUUGUUCAUCAUCGAAACUUGGUUUCUCUGGUUGGAUAUUGCGACGAGGGUAACACCAAGGCGCUCAUUUAUGAAUACAUGGUCAAGGGAAAUUUGCAGCAACACAUAUCUGAUACAAACACAAAUGUUCUGAGUUGGAAUGGAAGACUUCAAAUUGCAGUAGAUGCAGCACAUGGGCUUGAGUAUCUACACAAUGGUUGCAGGCCACCAAUAAUUCACAGAGAUUUGAAACCUGCUAACAUAUUACUAGAUGAUUCAAUGCAGGCCAAAAUAGCUGAUUUUGGGUUGUCUAGAACUUCUCCAACUGAAAGUCAAUCUCAAAUUACAACAAAAUUAGCUGGAACACUAGGGUACCUUGCUCCUGAGACUAAUUUAUCGGGAAACGUCACCAAGGAAAGUGAUGUUUACAGCUUUGGGAUUGUCUUGUUUGAACUGCUGACUGCCAAGCCGGCUAUUAUCAAGGGAUCUGAGUGCGACAUCCACAUAGUGGACUGGGCUAAGCCUCUGAUUGCAGAUGGAAACAUCCAAAACAUUGUCGAUCCGAGGUUAGAAGGCUCAAUAGAAAGCUCUUGUGCUGGAAAAUUUGCGGAGUUGGCUCUAUCAUGUACACUGCCAACUAAAGCUGAAAGGCCAAACAUGAGCGAUGUGGUGUCACAGCUCAUUGCAUGUCUGAAGAUGGCUCAGGACACAGCCCCACAGAUCCGACCUAACAACACUGAGAACUCUUACAACUCAAUUGGCUCUGAUUCAUUACUUAGUCCCAGAUAGAGAUCAAACAGAUGAUCCAAACUAAUAAAGAUGGGCAAUUAGCAAUAUAUGUCUAAAAGUAUAGGGUAAUGGACAUGUAUAAAUAAGGGCUUAGAAAGAUAUUGUUUUCGUUUUCAGGCUCUACUGAACUGUGAAUUUCAUUUUGUAUUUAUUGUAAAACAUGUAUAUAAAUAAGAAUGGAGAUUGAGUUUUAUAAUU